AUGCCAUACAAUACUAGAAAUCGAGGCGAAUCCACACAUUCGUAUUCUCAAUAUUUCGAAGAGCCUCUUGACGAUGAUGAAGCACAAGAGAAUGAAGAUAACACUCAAUAUCACAAGCCACCCGCAUCUAGAACGAGACAUGUUCCGAGAAGAUCCUACAAGGAGUCUUCAAGUGAGAGUGAAGAAAUCGAUCAAGAAUUAGCUGCUUCUAAACGGGCAUCCAGAGCAGGACGAGGAAGAAAAAAAGCAAUCGACGAGGAGGAAUUGGAUGAGCCUGAAGAACCAAUGGAGACAAUUGCAUCGAGCAGACCUAAAAGAACUGUUCGAAAGAGUCAACACUAUGAGGAUUAUUAUGUUGAUACAACUGUCUAUUCCGGAGAGGAAGAACCUCAACAAGAAGAAAAACCAACAAGAAGAAGAACAUACAGAAGAGGUGUUGUAAAAUCAAGAAAUAAUUCUUUGGAUUUGAAAAGAGAAUUGAUUGAAACUAAUCAACAAAACAUUAAUACCGAAUAUAAUCAAGUGCCAACAACAGCAACAACACACACCAGCUUGAAUGUUCUACCACCUUCAACAACAUCUGAAGUACUUGAGAGUGGAAAUGCUGACAAUUUAUUUAGUAACAAUGUUCAUGCGGAUUUUGCAUCGAAAAACCAAGUUUUAAAUAGUGCUACGGAGCCCUUACAACCACCAACUAUUGAUCAAAACACGAAUCACACAUUAACACUUAAUAAUAACGAUACAUCACUCAAUAGAAGCCAAUCGGCGAUUUCUGAACAAAGUGAGGACACAAACAAAAUCAAAAAGAGAAAGAAGGAUGAGGAUGAUGAAGAUUUUGUGAUGGAUGAAGAUGCAGAGGAAGCCAUUGAGGUGUCUGAUGAUGAAACUAUUUCAGAGUCUCUAUCUGAAAGAGAAGAGGAGUUGGAGUUGGAAGAGCAACAACCUAGGAGAACUAAAAGAACAAAAUAUAAUGAACUCGACGACGAAGAAGAGGUCAUUGAAGAAGGAAAGACGGGAAAGGACAUUAAAAAGAGACUACGUCCUCGAACUCAAGCACAAAUGAAUCCAUACAGCCAUCCAUCAUUUUCUCCAAGAACAGAGAUAUCAAUUCCAUCCAAGAUUACAAUGCUAAAAGAACAAGAAAGUCUACUUGCUCCCUUGAAUGCCUUGAAGUUUGAAUUCUCUGAAUCGGACACGGACAGUGACGAUGAAGUGGAGAAUCCAAUGUUUGGAAAAAAGGGAGCUUAUGAUCAUAUUAAGCCCCUCAAUAAGGAACAAUUGAAGAAACGGCCAUCUGCUGAUAUUGAUCCACUUUUCUCAAAGCCUGUAGGAUUUGACAUGGUUGGUGGAUUGCAUAAGCAUAUUACUGCUCUCAAGGAAAUGGUGGUUUUACCGUUGCUGUAUCCUGAAAUGUUCAGCAAGUUUGACAUUACACCACCAAGAGGUGUGAUAUUUUAUGGACCUCCCGGUACAGGUAAAACGCUCGUUGCUCGAGCAUUAGCUAGUACAUGUGGUACAAAUACUUCAGGAGGAAGCAGACCAAUCGCUUUUUUCAUGAGAAAGGGAGCUGAUGUUUUGAGCAAAUGGGUGGGAGAAGCCGAAAAACAAUUACGUUUACUAUUCGACGAAGCUAAGCGACUCCAACCAUCCAUAAUCUUUUUCGAUGAAAUUGAUGGAUUAGCACCUGUAAGAUCUUCCAAACAAGACUAUGUACAUAGUUCAAUAGUUUCCACUCUGUUAGCACUCAUGGACGGACUUGACAGUAGAGGACAAGUUGUUGUCAUUGGAGCUACCAACAGAAUUGACUCUAUCGAUCCUGCUCUAAGAAGACCUGGCAGAUUUGACAGAGAGCUUUUAUUCACACUUCCUUCAAAGAAAGCAAGAAAAGAUAUUUUAGAAAUUCAUACCAGAAAUUGGUCACCUCAACUUCCUGAUGAUCUUAAAAACUACAUUGCUCUUAAAUCUGUUGGAUAUUGCGGAGCUGAUAUUAAGGCACUUUGCGCUGAGUCUGCACUGAACGCAUUGAAGAGAAAUUAUCCACAAGUGUACUCGAAUCCUUCCAGACUUUUAUUGGAUUUGAACUCCGUAGAGGUUACAAAAGUAGAUUUCUUGCGUGCUAUGAAAGAUAUUGUUCCAGCAGCUCACAGAAAUGCUGUUAUUCAUGCUUCACCUCUCCCAAUACAACUUGCUCCAUGCCUUGAGCAUAAAUUAUUAGACGUGAUCAAAAUGUGUACAGAAGCUUUUCCAAUUUGCUCAAAGAGUAUAGAAGACAAGGUUGAGACAGAAAUUGAUCGAACUGAAAACCCUCUUUUUGACGAUUUUGAAGGGGUUGACGAAAAAACCUUUGAGAAGAAUUCAAGUGACUUUUUCAUUAAUCCGCCAACCUUUAGACCUUGGAUUCUUAUUUCUGCAAAACAAGGAAUGGGCCAAAAUUAUAUUGCCAGUGCACUUUUGUAUCAUCUCGAAGAAUUUCCUUUGUUUUCCUUGAGAUUUGAAAAUUUAAUUGCAAACACCUCCUCUCGAAGUGAAACUGAGGCUAUUGUGAAUAUUAUUUCAGAAGCAAGGAAGAACGCUCCUUCCAUUAUUUGGAUUCCAUAUAUUGAUAAAUGGUUUGAGAAGAGCACAGACCUUAUGAAAUCGACUCUAAUCUCUCUACUUAAUGACAUUCCUUCUUCGGUACAUGUACUGGUAUUGGCCACGACAAAUGAUCAGCUUGAGACAAAUCAUGUGGUUGAAUCUGAGCUGUUUGUAGACUAUAGAUAUGAAGUUGUUGAGCCAACUGUUGAAGAAAGAAGAAAUAUGUUUAGGGUAGUUUUGGAUGAUGUAACCAGACCACCACUAAAGCCAAAACGCUCAAGAAAACCAUAUCCAGAGCUUCCUUUAGCGCCUCCAGUUGCUUUACCAUCUAAAGAAGAAAACGAAAAAAAGCCAACAAAACUUACAAGACAGGAGAAGGAUGAUUUGAGAGAACUCAGAAUUUCACUUCGUGAGUUUAUGACUCGUCUCAUGAGCAAUAAGGUUUAUACGCCUUUUUUGAAACCUCCCAACGAAGAACAACGUAGAUUAAUUACAAACAACGAGGAUAUUGCUGGAGGUUCAAAUGGAAAGAUUUAUCUUCAAGACAUCUUAUUGAAGCUAGAGAUGAGAAAAUACUAUUCUGUCAAAGAGUUUGCCCUGGAUAUUGAACGAAUAGUAACCAAUGCGGUACAUUACAUUAAGCAUCCUGCCAAGUCUUUGGACAUUUUAAGCAUUACUAGUAAGGCGAAUGCUCUGUAUGACUCGGUGAGACAGGCCAUUCAUUUACAAAUCCCAGAAGAUUUGAGAAGAAAAUGCAAGCAAAUCGCUAAAAAGCAUCGUAGAGCAGAAAGAACAAUGACAGAAAAUGCACAACAAGCUUCCUCCUCAUCGGCCAAUACUGGCGUUCAAGCAGGUGAUUUGCAAGAUCAACCAAUCAUUGUUGUGGAUGCAGAUGCACAACAGCAAUCAUUGAACAACAACGAUGUGGCCACUACGAUCACUCCUCAGCUCAGAGACACCUUGGGCGUCCAAGAGGAUCAGAUGGUAGAUGACUUUACAACCACAGAACCUCCACCAAAUCAAGAAGCUACUCUUUCACAUUCUUUGAUUCAAGAUCUAGUUCCUACCAAUACUACCGCUUCUACAACUGAUAUUGCUCCCUCGUCAUUAGCACAGAUUUCCGAAGAGAGAUGGACUCCAAGAAUGGAAUUGGAUCUCACCAUUUCUUCCAACACCAACUUGAAACCAACCAUUGAAGAAGAGGAAGAAGAAACUGAUUUACCCAUCUUUAUCGAUCGUGAUCGCCUUAAUACUUGGUUUGAGCAAUUUAUCUCUCUCACUGAGGGUUUUUCCUUAGAAGACCUCGACAAGGCUUUCAGCAUUAUUUACAAGACCAUCUACCGACAUCGAUUCGAACAAGACCGAAUGACUCUGUUGGACGAGUUGGAACGUUACGUUAAACAAGCGUUUGGCAAUUCAAGAAAAAAAUAA